AUGACGAGUGAGGUGCUAGUGAACGGUGGUGGUGGACGAAUGUCUGAUUAUAAUGGAGCCACUUUGGAGAUCCUCACGGUCGUGUUGGCCAUUGUCUCUUUCCUCGUGGUACUUGCGAGAGGUAUUGCAAGGCACCGCAUUAGUCGAGCGAUUGAAUCCACUGAUAUGCUUUUGCCUUUAGCACUGGUCAUUGCAAUUGCCCAAAGCGCAUGUGUGAGAUUCCUACUAUCCAAUGGUUUGUUGGGAAGACAUGUUUCUUCUCUGGGCGCUGCUGAGGUAUCACAAUAUCAGAAGUUAACCUAUAUCAGCAACCUCCUCUUCCAAUCCGUCCUUUCCCUAACCCAGAUCAUUGUCGUCCUGCUCAUUAAAAACGUCGAACCACAAUUGCCCGUCCGCAUCGGGUGCAACUUUCUUCUGGGACUUAUUACGGUCUAUUCGACUCUGGCCCUUUCAGUGCUUGCUUUUCAGUGCUCUCUUCCAACACCAUGGCUGGCCAGUCCAGGGAAAUGUGUUGACCGGCAAACCUUCCUGAUCAUACUCAUCACUAUCAGCCUCGUCAUUGACGUAGUUACUCUCAUCCUACCGGUCAUUAUGAUGUGCAAGCUCAAAACGUCUCUCGACAAAAAGAUCUUUGUCUGCAUUCUUUUCGGCACUCGAAUAGCCCUCCCUCUGGUCACGAUCCCACAAGUUUCACACUUGCGAUCUGUCCUCGUUUCCCAUGAUCCAACAUGGGAUUCAGUCUCGCUCCAGAUCUGCAUCCAGGUCAUUAUGAACAUCGGUAUCAUCACGGCGUGUCUGCCCUCUCUUGGCCGAAUGAUGUGGGAGACGUGGUCCGGCCGGAAAUCUACAUGGCCAUCUCGAGAUUCCUCGAGGUCACGGGAUUUUGGACAUGAGCUGGGACUGGAUAAUACUCAAACAUGUGUUCAAGAGAAGCCACACAUUCCGGAACGGAAUUACGCGUUGUACACCUCCAGGAAAGAUAAUUUGAAAAAUGAAGUCCUCGUUGGGGUGUCUCAAGUUGGAAUUUUGGACUCUACCUGCCCAAACCAGACCCUGCAGAAGGACCCUGCAACUCCCCAGUGCACAGUCUCUCGGCCAGAUCCAGUGAGGAUGCAGAAACACCCCUACCGACGUCCAGUCAGCAAUCGUUUAUCUCCUGUUCUCGAACAACCUACGUCUCCUCAGCAUCCGAUCAUCCGAGAAGCCACUCCUAUACCAGCAUUCGGCCAGCAUGGCACAGAGACUGAGCGAAUUCCCCCCUCACGGUCUUUGUCCAACCGGACACAAAUCCUGUCUUAUGUGACGGAGACAGAAGGCUCAUUCAACGAUGAAGACCACUCUGAGCUCGACAUUGACAGCUAUUACCUCAGAAACACACAGAUGGUCCGAUCAUAUAUCCCCAGCCGCACUGAAUUGGUGUUACAGAGCAUGAUUGAGGAUCUUCAAAAGGAGAACUCGGCAGUCCAUCCCAGUCAACGAUGGGAGUAUGGUUGGAUUUAG